CGGAAAAUGUGAUCAAUUUUCUCGGAAAAUACGGCCCGAUAACUUAGAAUAUCGAUGUUUAAUAGGGGCGAUAGACCGAGAACAAAAUCGCCGCUCGAUAUCGAAGUACUAGGGAGCCCGAUUGAUCCAGACACCUUUUGACAUCGAUUUCAACUUGUUUUAGGCUCGAAGUGACAAAACAUCUUAAAAAUUUUUUGAGUUCAGUUAAGUUCUCCCCAGCGAUUUUUCAAGCUUGUGUAAGAUGUUUACAGUGGAUGCCGGUGCAGAAUCAGUAGUACCAAACGAGACUCCAGUAAAUAGCCACUCCCUUGUGUUCAGGCUGCUCGCGGCCCAUGAGUGAAUACCAAAAGUUGCGCGUCACCGAAUCCUAUCGAAUCCUGGCCAUCCUGCCCAGUUCUGCAGUACAAACACCCCGAAUCAAGGGCUGCCUACAUCGCCCUAAACUUAUCCGCCUAAGAGCUCACGCCCACGACUGUGAAUUAAAGUUAGGAUCAAGCUAUCUCAUUACUGGCUACUUCACUGGAUCGUCGACCACCUAUCAACUGGAAGCAUGCCAUCUAAGAGGCAUCUAGAGAAGAGAGGCCGUCGUCGCCGCAAUGCCGUUCAGCUCAAUGAUUUCUUGCGCGGCGAUGACGAGCAGCUCCAAGAAACAACACCUUCUUCUAAUCAGUCCCAGUUCCAUAGCAAUGAAUCCAAUGGAAACGCUCAUAAUGCAAGCUCCAUAGGCACCAUUCCAUUGAGCGGCCUUGUCGAGAGCGAUGUGACUCCUGUUGUGACCACACAACAGAGCGAAGAUCAGGAGAAGGCAUCUCCUCCAGUGCAGCAACAUGCUUUAAAACCAACUAUCAACGUCUGGCUCUCGGCUGUGGAAAACACCCAGCCCGAGGCCAACUAUAACGUGGAUGCUGAGGAGUAUCCGGAUUUGGGAAAGCGUUCGAAGAGAUGUAAGCAACCGACGCCGCCCUUGACAAAUUCAAAUGAUGGUGGAGUCAUCUCUUCGCCAAAUAUUGCUCAGCGCCUUCGAGGACGUCGCUACCGCAUAAUCGAUCCGCCAGUUCUGGCCAACUUCCUGCCGGAAGCCGUACUUCCGUCAGUGGCCAGCAACAAGCAGCAAACUGUAGCCAAGAGGGUGGCUUUAGUGCGUCCUGGUGACAACGAUCAGACACUUGAUUCUACUACAAGCAAGAUUAGUCUGCUGAAAAGGGAUUCUGCCCAGCCGCACGAGCGAAAUGAUGGUCAUUCCCCUCAGAAGGAGAGGAAAAAUCUACCCAAAACUAAAGAGCACAAUACUCCUGUUGCUUCCUUAGAGCAACAGAAAGCUAUUGAUACUACCAAUCAGCAGCAGCAAAAGACUCCCAACAAAGUCCAACAGCAGCAGGGAAAGGGUUCAGCCAGUCCUUCACUAAAGCAACAGAAAAGUCCUACAAAUUCUAUUUGGGAGCAGCCGAGGAGCUCGGAAAAUGCUGGCCUGCAGAAGCAGAAAAGUCAAGGAAAGUCUUCCCAACAGCAGCAAGUCAGCAAGAAGCCUGCUGGUUAUCCAGUUCAGCAACAGCAGAAGAGUCCUGGACCUAGUUCUCAGCGACAGCAGCAGAAUCAGCAGCAAAAGUCUCCUAGCAAACUUUCUCAGGGACAGCAGAAAAACCCUGUGGGUCCAGCCAAGCAGCAGCACCAGCAGCAGAAGACUCUUGGCAAUCCUUUGGAGCAGCAGAAGACUCCCGGCAACCCUUUGGAGCAGCAGCAUAAGUCUUCUGGCAAGCCUUUGGAGCAGCAGCAAACGAAGUCUUCUGUCAAUCCUUUGCAACAGCAGCAAAAGACUUCAGGGAUUCCAUUGCAGCAGCAGCAGCAGAAGACGUCUGGCAAUAUAUUGCACCAGCAGCCGACAUCUUCUGGCAAUCUUUUGCAGCAACAGCCUAAGUCUCCUCGCGAUUCCAUGCAGCAACAGCCAAAGUCUCCUUUGCAGCAGCCACAGCAGUCUACUGGCAAUCAAAUACAACAGCAGCAGAAGUCUUCUGGCAAUCAUUUGCAGCAGCCACAGAAGUCUACUAGCAAUCACAUGCAACAACAGCCGACGUCUUCUGGCCAUAAAUUGAAGCAACAGCCGAAGUCACCUCGCAAUCCCAUGCAGCAACAGCCGAAAUCUCCUCGCAAUCCUUUACAGCAGCCUCAGAAGUCUACAGGCAAUCACAUGCAAGAGCAGCCGACGACUUCUGGCAAUCAUUUGCACCAGCAGCCAAAGUCUGGUUUACAGCAGCGUCAGAAGAGUCCUGCAAAGUCAUUGCAACAGCAACAGAAAGGUCCUGGAAGUUCUGCCCAGCAGCAACAUCAGAGGAGUCCUGUCAGGCAGCAGCAACAGCAGCAACCAAAGAGUUCCGGCAAUACCAUCCGCCAGCAACCAAAGAGUCCUGCAAAGACACCACGUGAUGACGAAAACGUUGCUUCGAUACCAGUCCCCGUCUUCACCGAUCAGCCCAUCCAGCAGCAAACUCCAUUUCCGGGUAGCAACAGCGCCGGUUAUGAGGACGACGACGUGAUACCGCCGACACCGAUGUACCAAAGUCAAAGACUCAUGUCGUGGAGAUUUCCGCGCAGCAACAAUAACCUACGGUUGGUCCGCAGCCUUCAGUCGAUGAGUCAACAGUUUAUGCAGUCCUCGCCGGAGGAAUCGCAGGAGGACCAGGCAGUGCCGCGCCAGCUGCAGACAUAUGUGCAGCAGCAGAUGAGCCCGCAGCAGGUCAAGCGCCUGCCAGGAAACCAGCCACUCCGUCACAUCCGACAGUUAGCCAUGCGCAGCAGCUUGAACUGCAACGCUCAGGAGUUCCGGCCAAGGGAGCAUCGUGUGGCCGGUGGAUCGAAUCAGCAGUCGCAAAUGGCCUUGGGAGGGCCAGGAGAAAGGGAGGAAGUACAACGACGACAACGUCGCCCGUCCAGAAUGAGCGUAAGUUGUAGUGCACAUAAGAAUCCUGUUGUAAACAUUUUCCCUUCGAAACGACAGAGAAGACGCCGUCGCCAGCGAUUUCUGCGUUCCUUGCAUAAUAAUUCAUCGCAUCUGUUGCCCACGCGCACACCGAGUGUUGGACUGCUGCCCACACCCAUGAUUCAGCCCAGGUGCAACUGCAGUGCGCCGCCUUUGGCCCCAGUUUACCAUUAUGCUCCUGCAACUGCAACGCAACAGCAAACUCUAAUGCAACCCCAAACGCAAUCGCUGCCGCAACCUGUUAUUCAAACCCUUCCACAAUCCAUCCCGCAAUCCCAACUCCAAUACCAGCCCCAGUCGCAACUACAACUAAUGCCCCAAGCGCAGGUCGAAGUACAACCAUCAGGCAGCGUACCAAUCCAAGUCAUGGUACCACCAGAAACGAUCAAGGUAAAUGCCGGCAGCAAUCCGCCGCCCUUAAUUUUCUACAAUCCCCAGUCGGGGAAUAUUUGGGGCCACCCGACACCACAGCUUCCCAUCGAAAUACAGAGCAGGAAUGCCAGCCAGUCGGUUUUUCGGCUUGCCAGCCUCCCUUGCACUGGUGUGGGCACCCCCAAUACGGAUUUCUUUACGGGAUGGUCCACCCCCAGCCCGCCCCACCACAGCCCGAGCUGCCUACCGUCCAGUAUUUCCGGCCCGAGCCAGUUGCAGUGGUCCCAUACCCUCAGUUCGCCCCCGCUGGUGGAGGACCAGCAGCAGCUGCAGGAGGAGCCGCUAGAUUCGAGUAUCUACCAGGACGAGGACCUUAUGUACACCAGGCCCCUAUUGGAUAUGGACCGAGAGGAUACCCAGUCGGAGGAGGGAGAGGAAGAGGAGGAGUACCAGGCGUACCAGGAUCUCCAGGAAUGGGAGUACGGAUCGGGGUGUCAGUCGGAGUCGGAGUUACAGGCCUCUCAGCCGCCGCUCGUCGACGGGCCUCACGGCAAUCCAAACGCCGUCGUCGUUGAGGACACAGGAGCACCGUUUGAGCGUCACCAGAUAUUCCGUGCCCCAUCACAGCAAGGUCAGGAGUAUCCCAAGCCAGAUUUGAACUGCGUGCCGUCCAGCAUUAAGAAGCUAUAUCACCUGAUUUCAUCGCAAUAUUCCGACUACUCAUUUGUCUACGCACUGAGUGCUCAGCUCAGCCAAGAUUGCGUGCCCAUGGAUUGCUACGUUUACCUGAAGAUGGUGCUGCUGGCCAGCAUUGUUUCGAUUGAAACCGAGGAGGUACGGGCUCCGAUUGCGCUGUGCAUCAUCGCCACCGACAGCCUAAUUGCUAAUCACCUCAUGAACAAAGUGGGCCAACUGGCUCCACGUUUCCUAGGGCCACACGACUAUGGUUUGCACCCGACCUUCAGUGCCCUGCCCACGCGUUUCAACUGGGUGGUGGCCUGUCCCUUGCUGAUGGCCCAGCAGGGUGUUUAUUAUGUGGGGGACUGGUCUCGCCUCACCAAGGAUCAGGGAUGCCAGCUGGAGAAGUGCAUUGAAAACGGAGCAGUGCCAGUGCCUCAGCUGCAAAUUGAUCAGCCCUUGGAAGCAGCCGUCUGGACGCAGUGGCAGCCGGAUAACUCCAGCAAUCAGACCCAAGUCCUCUCCAAAUUGUGCCCAAUAUUCGGGCUGCCCAUUUACAUGGGUGAUCAUGCCAGCGAGAGCCUGUGGAACUUAAUAAUCCACCAGCACAGCGCAGAGGGACAACAUACUGUAAACGAUGGCUUAAACAUUCACGAGGAGGACAUGCGUAUGCUUAUCCAUCUGUUGCACCAGCGCAAAACCACCUUCAGCGAUGGAGCCCAGCAGAUGCUGCAAAAGUACUAUGUGAUCUCCAGGAAAGAGCGACCAACUGUCUUCUCCAGCAAGACGUACAUUGUGCUUAAGCAAUUCGCUGAAUCAUUUGCCAAACUGGCCCUCCGACUGGAGGUCCUUGAAUCCGACGUUUGUGUGGCGAUCUUCCACUGCGAGCACUUUGUGCAGCGUGUUUUCGGGACCAACGAGCAUCUUGCUCCGCCGGCGGUGAUCACCUUCAAUGUGAUCGCCCGCAUCGAUCCGUACAUGAACGAGUUCGCACGCUGGCUGCUUCAGUAUCUGGAUCGCUACGAGGACGAGGACCUGGGAAUACAGCCGGACAAGCGGCGACGCACCGAUAGCUGGGACAUGCCCUAAGCAGUUGGAGGAAAAUGCUAUACUCUUUAGUACUACUUGUAGAUUUAUGACCUGUGCUCACUGAAACAUUUUGAAUACUGUUUUGUAGAUUUAUACACAUGAAUUUACAACAUUUGUGUUUGUAAACAAAAUCGGCCCUGGGCCCAGACAAUACUACCUCGAAUGUAUUCACUAUUUACGUAAAACGAACUGCCUGAAACGUUCUCAAGCAACGUCAAAAUUUAUAAACAUCAAUUUUCCACACCUUUCCACUUGAUUCAUUCGGUAUAUGUUUUGUGUAUAUCGCCUAGCGAUCGCGGAUAGCUCUUAAAGUUCUGUGCGCGAUAAUCAAAAGCCAUCGUUUGAAUAUUCUUGUAUCGGUCUGUUAAUCGCUAUUAUUCAUCCCAUUUUUUUUUGUCAUCUUUCGGAAAACUUGAAAAACACUUCAAAAUUAUAUUUGGUAUAAAUAUGUAAAUUAAAUGUGUGGCCAAGAGAAUACAUUCUUUUUAUUAAUAGAUCUAUAUAUUAGUAAUGUGAUAACGGAGAAUGUUUCUCUGAAAAAAUGCAAACCUGAUAUUAGCUUUAAUACAAGCUGUGAAUAGUUGUUAAAGCCCUUCUAUUUGUAAAGGGCUACAAAAUUUUUUUGGAAAAAUAUUUAAAUUAAAUGUGUAACCAAGAGUAUACAUAGACCCUAGAUAUUAUAUAAUGUGAUAACGGAGAAUAUUUCUCAGGAUAUAUUAGAACCUGAUAUUAACUUGCUGUGAAUAGUUCUUAAAUUUUUUUUUUAUAUAUCUAUAGAUUUAAGUUCUUUAAAAAAGGAAAGAAUGGACUGCCUUGUGGAAAAUAUUAUUAAUUUAAAAAAUAGCACACACAGAUAUUGGUUUAAAACAAUAUAACAAAAUCAUUUAUUUUUUUUGACAAAAUGGCUUUUUACUUCAUAAAGUCUUUUGAAUAGUUUCUCGCUUUUUCUAUUAAUAUUUAGUUAUGUAAUUUUUUAAUUGGUUUAAUCAGUCUAACUUUUUUAGUGUACUUUAAAU